AUGUCGACGAUGUGCACGUUUGGAAAUAAAAAACAGUAUGAUUUGGAGGUUGAGAGGCUGGAUUCUAAUACACAGCUUGUUCCUGAAGCAAGGACUUUGGAGAAAAGGAAUUUCAACUUAAUCAUAAGCUCUACAGGCGAGUAUUCGAAGUAUUUCUCGCUUUUCUUUUUCCCGUUUGCCGAAAAGGAAUCCAAUGUCAAUACCAUCGUUGGCCUUAGUCAUGAUGACCAUGACCAGUGUGUUGUUUUCGAUUUUACAAGACCUGUCAAACCUUUAUCUGGCGUCCGCGACCUGGUGGAGCGACUCCCAUCUCGAGAGGAUUGCAACUUUCUUGUCUGGUAUUUUUUCGAAAACAUUCAUCCAUAUAUACCCAUAGUGGAUCAAGAGGAGUUUUUCAUCCACUACGGGCAGUUGUGGAAUACGCAGGAGAAAUACAAAGAUCUCAAUGGACUUCUCGAAAUUUUAGCAGUGUUAUUUAGUAGCUCACUGGUGAAUCAGCUGUCCAAUAUGUUUCAUUACGGAAGCAUGCAACAUAUUAGUGACAAGGUGGAUUUUGAGAAUGUCAAACUCAACAGCUUCCGUGCCAUUGAAAAUAUCAAGCAUUGGAUAAGCAUAAUGAACUCCCCAUCAAUGUCAUCUCUUGUCGCGGCCACCCUUAUCUAUUAUGUUGGCUCGCUAAAUUGCAUUGGGAAGAACAGUGAAAUAGCAUCUCUCAGCCGUUUGUGUCAGAUAGCCGGUCUGCACAGAAAUUUUUCGGCUCAGUCGUCUGGAAGCUCCCUAAGAUACAUCCUUUACAGUUUCAUUUCGUACAUGGAUUCACUGUCAUCCUACUACAGUGGACUGCCUCCAACUAUGCACCGAGAUUUCUGCGAGACCUACAAAAAUCUUCCAACUGAUUUAGAUCACCAUUCACUGGUCUACUUAUCCAUACAGUUUCACAAUGGGAUUCUUUGGGGAGACGUUAUCGCGGAAAUGAAUAAGAUUCGAGUUACCACUCAGAGUGAAUAUGAUUCUAUAUUUGAACGCUUUGUGGAUACACAACGGCUAGUUAACAGCUUAAACCACAGACUUUUGACAGAAUUCAAUCUUGAUCCAAUCUAUGCAAAAUGGCUAGUCACCGAGGGAAGACUUGGGAUCCGCAAAUCAGCUUUACUCAUAAAUAUAUUGAGGGAUUCCGUCAUGUCUUCAGAAGACUCUUUGGAUGAUCCUAGCUACAGUCUCCUGCUUCAGUCGUUGCUGCUGGUUAAUGAGUCUAUCAUGAAAAUUGAGUUGGGCCUUAGAUGUAAGCCUGCGUGCUUGUGGGUAAUCAGGAACUCAUACCCAUUCCAAGCCUUGACCAUAAUUCUGAAGCAUAUCCAGCAGCACCCUAAUCAAGGGGUUAAUUUUCGCAUGCUUCCUGUCGACGAAGAGUACACUGUAGAUGAGUUGUUUGAUUAUUUAAAUGGUGAUAUCAGGGCGCCACUAGUGAGGAAAUGCAUCCAGUCGCUAGAAAAGAUCAAGAUAUUGUGGCCGGCUGUUUUGCUCACAAGAUUUGACGGGGUGAUCAAGGUUAAAAAUGAGGUACUAUGA